AUUCACACGCCUGCGCGGCCGUUACAGGAGGCGCACCGAGUAACAGCCGGACGGACUGCCAUUUCUGCGGGUAACUUUUGAAAGAAAAACCUAACGCCGAGCGUUGCCUAUAUUUUCUUGGCUAGUGAUCGUCUAUCUAUUCGGAUUCAGCCAUCAUCAUGUUUGCCUGCUCGAAAGUGUCUUGGUGGGCCGCAGCAGCGGUUCGCAAUGGAGCCGCACCUCUUUCUAGACCACUUUCUGUGUCAUUAAUGUACAAACCAGAGGGUCAGUCUGGAAAGGAAAACACUGCACUUUUGAGGAGUCAAGGCAAAGAUUUAUUUGUGCAAAAAAUUCACCGAGAUUUCCAGACCAGUGCUACAACCCAGGAUAUUGACACUGCUGCAAAGUUUAUUGGUGCUGGAGCGGCCACAGUAGGAGUGGCUGGUUCUGGAGCUGGUAUUGGAACAGUUUUUGGUAGCCUAAUUAUUGGCUAUGCCAGAAAUCCUUCUCUGAAACAGCAGUUGUUCUCGUAUGCUAUCCUUGGAUUUGCCCUAUCUGAAGCUAUGGGACUCUUCUGUUUAAUGGUCGCUUUUCUCAUUUUAUUUGCUAUGUAAAAUUUUAUUGAAUGGGAAGAAUGGUCUAAAUAUGUGCAAAUGUAAUUAUUUCAUUGGCUAUCAUUGAUGUUGGAGUUCAUAAAGUAUAUGCUUCAAAUCUGUAAUCAUGUUUCAAUAAAUCCAUAUACUAGUAAAACUUU